UCAUCUCUUAUCAUAUUAACAAUUAGCAAAAAUCUCAUAAGUCACUAACACUACUCUUCUCCCUCUUUCUUCUCUUAAUAAGGCCAUGCACAAAUACUUCAUUCUAUUUAUUGCACUAAUAGUUUCCUUCCAUGAUUGCAAUCUUACACAUGCAAGGAAGAUCAAAAGAAAGCCAUUGAACACAAACAUUGAAAAAAAUAAUCCCCAUCCUAUUAUUCCUACCCUUCCACAACCCAAAUCCAGUGUUAAUAACGUUCCUGGUCAUGAUCCAUCGUCAAACAAACACAAAAUGACACCAAAUAAUGGUAUGAAGGCAAUGGUGACAAUUCAACGUCCAAAGAAUGAAGUUUCUACAAAUGGGGUUGGUCCAGGCCCUAGCCCUAGUAUUGGUCACAAGAAAUCUAAUAUUAUGAAAUCAAUGAGAGCAGUAGAGAAUCGAGAUGCUAAUAAUAAUAAGGUUUCUGUGAAUGGAGUUGGUCCUGGUCAUAGUCCUGGUGUAGGGCACAAAAAUUAAACCCAAAUUCGAAAGAAAAAAACAAAGGAUAAAUAGUUAAAUUAUUAGUCGUGGUUCGAGGCUUGGAAAGGAUGGCACGUGCCUUCCACAUGCAUGUCUGGGUUCGAGAUUGGAGGUGUGUUUUAGUGCAUGUAAGAUAAUUUGUUACCUAGUAUUUUGUAUUUUCUUUAAGCAGUAGCAAAUGGUUUUUCACAUUGACGUUGCUCUUCAUCCUAUAUCUCA